GACCUGGGCUCCAUCUGCACCACUGUCCCCAAAGCCAUGCACAAUUCCCUCUGGCACACCAAAAACAUCUCCUACUCUGCAUGUGCUGCUCAGGUGUUUUUCUUUUUGUUCUUCAUGUCAGCAGAGCUGUCCCUCCUGACCAUCAUGUGCUACGACCGCUACGUGUCCAUCUGCAAACCCCUGCACUACGGGACCCUCCUGGGCAGCAGAGCUUGUGCCCACAUGGCAGCAGCUGCCUGGGCCAGUGCCUUUCUCUAUUCCCUGCUGCACACAGCCAAUACAUUUUCCCUGCCCCUGUGCCAUGGCAAUGCCCUGGGCCACUUCUUCUGUGAAAUCCCACAGAUCCUCAAACUCUCCUGCUCACACUCCUACCUCAGGGAACUUGGGCUUCUUUCUGUUAGUGCCUGUUUAGGUUCUGGAUGUUUUGUGUUCAUUGUUUUCUCCUAUGUGCAGAUCUUCAGGGCUGUGCUGAGGAUCCCCUCUGAGCAGGGAAGGCACAAAGCCUUUUCCACCUGCCUCCCUCACCUGGCUGUGAUCUCCCUGUUCCUCAGCACUGCCUUUUUUGCCUACCUGAAGCCCCCCUCCAUCUCCUCCCCAUCCCUGGAUCUGUCCCUGUCAGUUCUGUACUCAGUGGUGCCUCCAAGAGCAGAGGUGAUUGCAGCAUUCAGUGCCCGAUACUGA